AUGAUGAUUAAUGAGAAUGCUAAAAGGAAAGGGAUACCGUCUAAUGUUUUGGAGAAGAAGGGGAAAGAUGUUAAUAAUUUGAAGAAACAGAGGAAAGAUGUUAAUGAAACAUCAAAAAUGAAAAAGAACGAAAAUUAUUCUCUUACAAUGGCAGAAGUUGCUAGUUUAGAACAGACUCGUUCACAAAGGGCUAGAGCACGAAAUACCUCUAGAUCAGCUUCGAAUACCUCUGGGUCAGCUAGUAUUAGAAUAACGCGUUCUCAAAGGUCUAAGGAAUGCGAAAUUAGUGAUUCCAAAAGUAUUAAGGAACCAGUAGUUGAUGUUUCUCAAAAUAAUAUAAAGCCUACAAAAAAGAGGAAUGAUUCUGAAUCAAGUACUCAUACGAGAAGAAAUUCCAAAUCAUUUUUGAAGCUCAAUGCAAGUGAUAGACCAAUACUUGGCAAUAACUUUAAUUCUGAGAUUGUUAGCAAUUUGAAAACAAAAUUAUCAACAACGCAACUUGAACUCUUUAAGUCAACUUGUUUUGGCUAUUUGUUGAAUUUGCCUAGUAUAAAACUGCAAGCACAGUUAAUAUAUUAUUUGUUAACCAAGGAGGUAGAAAAAGGGAAAGCGAAUCAAAUGGUGUUUCUUGUCAAUGGGGUAAAGCUACGUUUUGGAUUGGCAGAGUUUGCUUUUGUAACUGGAUUUAAAUGUACCCGUGACGUACAGCUUUGUAGUGAAGUUAGGCAAAACAAAAAUGGUUCAAUUGCAAAGUACUUUAAGGAUUACCCUACUGUUUCUAAAGAACACCUUGUGGAUUGUUUUCUUACAAAAACAUUUGACUCUGAUGAAGAUGCUAUUAAGAUAGCAGUGCUAUUUGUUGUAUAUUCAUUCCUUUUUUCUAUUAAGAACACCAAACAUAUUGAUAAGAAGUACUUGGACUUGGUUGACAAGGGUGAUUACAAUAGUUAUCCAUGGGGAAUAGAUAUAUAUGACGAAACAGUGAGAACAAUUUCAGUAUGGUUCUACGAAUGUUUUGAAAAUUUGGAUAGUUAUGUUGCUUGUAGGCGUGAAAAUAUAUCUCCACCAAUUCUUCGGUGGAGUGUUACACGACAGCUGAAAUUUGAAGAGUUAAACGAUAAGCUAUAUGGCUUGCCAUCUGAGAAGUUGAAUUUAAGGAAUAUGUCUCUUGAGAAUAAAAUUGAGGAUAAUGUUGAUCAGAUACACGUUACUUCAGAUGAUGAUUUUGUUGAUCGUCCACCUGAGACUUUAAAAAAACAGUGCAAAAUGAUGAUUAAUGAGAAUGCUAAAAGGAAAGGGACAUUGUCUAAUGUUUUGGAGAAGAAGGGGAAAGAUGUUAAUAAUUUGAAGAAACAGAGGAAAGAUGUUAAUGAAACAUCAAAAAUGAAAAGUAUUGGUGCUAAUGAUUUGGAGAAGCAAAUGAUGGACAAUGUCUCUAAUAGUAUUAACGUUACGGCAGCAAAUAAAAAAAGUGGAAAGGUGGUGGAGAAUAUUCAUAACCAAAAUCAAGGUAUAGGUGAAGCUUGUGUUGACCCGUCAACGAAACAUAGUGAGUGGUAUACUCAAUUUAAGAUUUUGCAAGAUGGCCAAGAUGAAUUGAGGAAAGAAGUAUCAUUAUUGAAGAAGGAAUACAAGGAAGAACUUGUGGUUUUAAAAAAUUAUCUUGAUGGGAAAUUUGUUGAGCUGUUCAAUGUAAUUAAUUCAAUGAAGAAGAGCACGUUAGAGCAUCACCACAAUGGAGAUGUAAAAAAAGAUGUAGAAGCAUCUGGUUUUGUUGAUAUUGGAAAUCCAGAUGAUGAAAAAUGGUUGGAAAUGUGUGAUUUAGAGACUCAUAAAUUAACAGCUGAGCUUUGUAAGCAAACAAGAAAUGAAGAUAUUCCAGCUUCAGAUGUUGAUAAAAAAUCAUCAUCUAUGAUGAUUCCAUAUCAUGAAAUUGAGAUGACUGACACUCAAAUUGAUUGUCAGAUUCAUAAAAUAACUUCUGAGUUUGUUAAUGAGUCCAUAGGUGUUCUUCCUAUAAAAACAACUAUUUCAAAAGGUUCUACACAUGAAGAUGCUACCACUUCUUCCUUGCCCAAUCAUUCAAGUUUUGAAGGUUUCGAAGCUUAUGAGAUUUUGGACAACUCUCCUGGAGAAGAUGCAACAAAAAUGAAAAACACUCUUGUACCUCGUGUAAUUGUGAAAGGUGAUAACCCUUUUAAAAUAUCAAUUACUGAAGAAAUUCCUCUAUCAAUUAGAGAUGAAUUCAGUAAGUUUGUUGAGACAAACUUGAUCCUAACUAAGAGGAAGAAGGGGUAUGAAGAGAAGGAUGAUAUACUGGAGGAAGAGUUUGAUCUUGGAGUUGAAUUUAUAGCUAAUAAGACAUGGUUUUUUGAACUUCAUUAUACUGGUAUAGGAAUCAAUGAAACGCAUAUUGAUGUUAUAUUCUAUUACCUCCGGAAGAAAGCAAAAUAUGAAAACAUAAGGAUGACAACUACAGACAAUUAUUUCAGUACUAUCAUUCAAGAAGUGUACAGUAAAUCGAAUAUGCAUGACAUAAAGGUACAAAAUGAGAUUUUUGAUUUGACAAAGAAGUUAAGAGAGUAUGUUCUUGGGUUUUACAUUCUUGGUAACACCCCCUGGGUUUCCGUGGAUUAUGUUCUUAUGCCAAUCAAUGUAAAAGAGGCAUGGCAUUGGGUGUUGGGUAUUCUAUCUUUGCAUACUGGGUGCAUAUAUAUAUAUGACUCAAUAAGAUCCUCAAGACAUGAUGCUGUAGUUCAUAAAGCUUUGAACUCAUUUGCUGUAAUGAUACCAUUGUUGCUCAACACUACUACAUUUUAUCAGCAAAGAAGUGACAUUACAAUGGAUAAACCACAUUUUUUGGAAAAAGAGGAGCUAAGUAAUCCAUUUGCUAUUAUUUCAGUGGAUAACUUGCCUCAACAGGAAAAAGCUGAUUGUGGUAUAUAUUGUUCUGCAUUUGCGGAGUAUUUCAUUGAAGGCAAGGAGUUACCAGAUGACAAGAACAUGUUUGAUCCUACACGUCUUCGAUUAAGAUAUGCAACAUUACUAUACAUUUAUGGUAAAAAGAAGCAGUUGGAAUCUCUUGUUAGUGAAGAUGAGUCUACACUGGAAUAG